AGGAACAUAGGAGAGAGAAUGAAGGACGGAACGCCGUAACAUUGGCACCGUCAGUCUUCUGCGAACUUUCGGUUGUAACGGUUGGGUCGUCGACGGAGUUUCGAGUUGUUUAGGUUUCACGUACAGUAGUAAAGCUCUUCGCGAACUGACAAUUCGGACGUUAAUAAGACGCGACGCGUGCUGCAAUUAUGCAAUAGACGUGACCUGUCCGAGGAAGGAAACGGUGCGUCCACGUGGCUGGCGAAGAGAAAAAGGAGAGGAGGUGGACAAGCCGAUGCUAGACAUGCCUCUUCAGUCGUGAAUCACGGUCAGAAGGAAAACACCGUUUCCCCGUGUACGAGAGACCAUCUCGCCAUCGCGAUCACCGCGGUAAGAAGAUGACCACCACAUCGCCGAACCACUGUUCACCGUCACGGUCGUCGCUCAGCUGUUGCCAGACCGAUCAGACUAGCCACGACGAUGUGCACAAUGUCGCGAUCGUAUCGAAGGAAAACUACUAUUUCCAGGAGAAACACUCGUUUCCAAAGAGGCCGGAAGUGGACCUAGUGUUCCACAACCUCCGGUACACAGUCACCAGCUGGACUAUCCGUGACAUCAGGCCCACACGCAAAGAGAUCCUUCAUGGCGUCAACGGAGAAUUCAAGGCUGGCGAAUUGGUCGCCAUUAUGGGUCCCUCGGGUGCCGGAAAGUCGACUUUGUUGAACGUUUUGGCUGGUUACACAGUGAGGGGUGUGCGGGGGAAGAUUCUGGUGAACGGAAAGGUUCGGGUUGCGUACAGCAACGGAUGGAAGAGGACUUCAUGCUACAUACAGCAGGACGCUUUGAUGAGAAACAGAAUCACUGUUGGGGAAGCCAUGACAUUAGCCGCUCACUUGAAACUCGGCUAUACGAUCAGUUCGGCCUACAAGCACACUCAAGUUUUAGAGCUGCUCGAGUUGUUGGGAUUGAACCACUGCUAUGACACUCUCUGCGGAAAACUGUCCGGCGGUCAGAAGAAGCGGCUGGACGUCGCCCUGGAACUUUUGAGCAAUCCGUCAGUAUUAUUCCUCGACGAACCGACAACAGGCUUGGACUCAGCGUCUUGCAGCCAGUGUAUAGCUCUACUGAAGCGUCUCGCUAAAAUGGAAAGGCGUACAGUGAUAUGCACAAUACACCAGCCGAGUGCGUUGCUCCUGGAGAUGUUCGACGUUAUUUACUGUGUCGCGAGCGGCUACUGCAUUUAUGCGGGUCCAGUUAAGUCGUUACUGCCGCACAUGUCCUCAGUCGGCGCAGAUUGCCCAGCUUAUCACAAUCCGGCCGACUUUCUGUUAGAAGUCGCGAUCGGCGAUUACGGUAUCAGCGUCGAGAAAUUGGCAGCCGCCGCCGAAACUAUUUUCAUAGACGACAAGUCGACUGUUACGUGCCCGUUGAAGACAAAGGAAGAAGAGAACACUCAGGAACCACCACCACCAGCAGGAUUCCUCGCGCAGUGUUACCUACUUUAUAAGAGACAGCUGCUCUGCCUGAAGAGGGACUACACAUUACUGGUAGUGCGUCUUCUCUGUCAUCUGCUAAUCGGAGUGAUCUUCGGCUACCUGUACAUGGGAAGCGGUUACAGAGCCAACGGUGUCCUGGCUAAUUACGUCUACCUGUAUGGAUCGCUGUUGUUGAUCGUGUACACGGGAAAAAUGGCUGUCACACUUGCCUUUCCACAGGAAAUGCGAAUUCUCUCGAGAGAAUACUUCAACCGAUGGUACAGGUUAGCGCCAUACUAUAUCAGCAUGCUACUGGUUGAGAUACCGUUCCAAGCGUCUUGUGCCGCGACCUAUUUAGCCGUCAGCUACUGGCUAACAGGGCAGCCAGUGGAAACACCUCGGAUCAUCUCUUUCAUGGUCGUCAGUAUAGCAGCUAGCUUGACAGCUCAAGCUUGGGGCUUCUUCAUUGGGGCGACUACGCCAGUGAAGAUUGCCGUGUUCGCUGGCCCCAUACUCGCCGUGUUAUUCUCAAUUUUCGGUUUCUGCAUCCGUUACGUAGACACACCGUUAAUGUUCCGAUGGAUGUUCCACAUAUCGUAUUUCCGCGCCAGCUUCCACUGUCUUUUGCACACCAUGUACGGCUUCGACCGAAUGGACUUGAAGUGCGACGACUUCUAUUGCCACUAUAAGAAGCCCACCCAGUUUCUGAAAGAAAUGGACAUCGCCGACACGAGCGUGUUGGACAAUCUCAUUCUGAUUCUCGGAAUCGGUGUGCUGAUGCAUCUGCUCACUGCCAGCGCGCUGUGGUGCAAGCUGAACAGAAGAUAAAAAUAAAAAUAAGGAAGAUCAAGAAACUACCAGUAACCGAUCCCGGUGUUCCAGUAUUUCCGUUUACCCUUACAGGGCUGUAUACCAUGGGCAGAUCUGUGAUGUGACCUAGAACAAUACCCCCGGGACUGUUGUGACAAACCAACAAAACGUUAAUAACGUUAUUACGGAUAUUAACUUAAUAUCCAUACACGAGACAAAAGCGGCAACAUUUUCUUCGUGAACGUUUCGUUAUUUGUUUGAGCGGUCAAAAGAAAAAAGAGAAGAAGAGUACUUAUAAAUCGUGCGAAGACUCCCGGCGAAAAUCGAUACCACCGUGCAACGCGAAGUAAAAGUGGGACGGGAAGUACCGGUCGCAUGUAGCAGCAGUGUGUUAACUUAAUUUUACUAUUGGCACGUAAAACACUUGGUCUUAGAUUUAUAUUAUACGCUGUUCCACAAUUGUCGUGUUACGGGUCUCUGUUAACUUAUUACAGGUUUUUCUAUUAAACGUGAGCCUGUGUCCCGACAUUGGAGACUUUCGUAAAUAAUAAGUCACGAAAGCUUUAAGCCAUCCCGUGCGUGCUCUAUGGUCCGAGGGACGUUACUGUUACACGGAUGGUAAUAAGCGUGUAUAAUAAUUAAGGGAGAAUCAUAUUUUUUUAUUAUUUUUCGCACCAUGAUAUUCUUAACUGUGCAACGAUAGUGAUAACAAUCACAAUUAGAAUCGCGUGUUUCGUGUUCGUUGUAAUUAUCUUGUUACGAUGGUGAUCGUUUGAGAAAUAUAAAGUACAUAGAAUCUGAGGGUCACACUUGUGCCUAUGUGCCUAGAGUACAAUCAGAACAUGUGCGUAAAUGAUGCGUGAUAUUAUACUGAUUAUAAUAUUAAUAUCGGGGCAUUGUAUAUUAUUUUUAUAGUAUGUUACUUUUUCUUACAUAAAAUACAUGUUCAAUUACUCGAUACAAAUGGUAGCCUGUCUAGUAAAAUUGUUGGAUGAGUGAAUGAAAGAUUUUUUAGAAGAAGGUUUAAAGAAACUUUUUAUGUAUUUGUAGCAAAACAGACCUAAUAGUUGUAUGUGAUAUGUUUAUUACAGUUCUCAGACCACUAAUCAAAUAACAAUAUUUAUAAAAUAUAGUUAAAUAAGUUAGAAUGAAAUGAUACUUAAAAUUACUGUGCACAGCUGUAAAUGUUGAUAAUCGUUUCUAUAAUAGUAUAAAAGAUGUCUAGACUCUGCAAGUCUAAAGUCAAUAUGCAUAAAUGUAAUACUAUUUUAGUAAUA